ACUCACAAAAAAUCAUUCAUUCACUUCACACAGAUCUAUCUAUUCUCAUAAUUUCGAUCUCAAACGCUACGCUAUGGCGUUUUCGAGAUCCAUCGCGUUCUCUUCAAUUCUUCUUCUUCUCUUCAUCAAUGGUAGCUUCUGUUUCUACCUUCCUGGUGUUGCACCACAGGAUUUCCAGAAGGGAGAUACAUUGCAAGUGAAAGUAAACAAAUUAUCUUCAACAAAGACCCAGCUUCCAUACACAUAUUAUUCACUUCCUUAUUGUACCCCAGAAAAAAUCUUGGAUAGUGCUGAAAAUCUUGGAGAAGUGCUCCGUGGUGAUCGUAUUGAAAAUUCACGUUAUGUGUUCAAAAUGCGCGAACCACAAAUGUGCAAUGUUGUGUGUAAGAAGCUUAAACUUGAUGCCAAAACUGCAAAAGCAUUCAAAGAGAAGAUUGAUGAUGAGUAUCGGGUGAACAUGAUUCUAGAUAACCUUCCUUUGGUUGUUCCCAUAAAGCGUGUGGAUCAGGAUUCUACUGUCUAUCAGCUUGGUUUCCAUGUUGGACUCAAAGGACAAUAUAGUGGGAGCAAGGAGGAGAAGUUUUUUAUACACAACCAUUUGGCAUUUACUGUCAAAUAUCAUAGAGAUUCACUCACUGAAGCUGCCAGAAUAGUGGGCUUUGAGGUUAAGCCAUUCAGUGUUAAACAUGAAUAUGAAGGGAAAUGGGAUGAAAAGACUCGUUUAUCAACCUGUGACCCUCAUGCUAAACAUACAGUUGUGAACUCCAAUACUCCUCAAGAAGUUGAAGAGGGAAAGGAAAUCAUCUUCACAUAUGAUGUUGAAUUCCUGGAGAGUGAUGUGAAGUGGGCUUCAAGAUGGGAUGCCUAUUUGCUCAUGAAUGAUGACCAAAUUCACUGGUUCUCAAUUGUGAACUCAUUGAUGAUUGUCCUCUUUCUCUCGGGCAUGGUGGCAAUGAUUAUGCUGCGUACACUUUACCGUGAUAUUUCAAAGUACAAUGAGCUUGAGACCCAAGAAGAAGCACAAGAAGAGACUGGUUGGAAGCUUGUCCAUGGUGAUGUUUUUAGGCCACCAAACAACUCAGAUCUGUUGUGUGUUUAUGUUGGUACUGGUGUUCAGUUUUUUGGGAUGAUACUAGUAACAAUGCUCUUUGCUGUCCUUGGAUUCCUUUCUCCUUCAAACAGAGGUGGGCUAAUGACAGCUAUGCUCUUGCUAUGGGUUUUCAUGGGGAUUUUUGCUGGUUAUGCUUCAGCCCGCUUAUACAAAAUGUUCAAAGGAACAGAGUGGAAGAAAAUUUCCCUCAGGACUGCAGUCUUGUUCCCUGCCUCUGUCUCUGCCAUUUUCUUUGUAUUGAAUGGUCUGAUAUGGGGACAAAAGUCGUCUGGAGCUGUGCCAUUUGGAACAAUGUUUGCUCUGAUCUUUUUAUGGUUUGGAAUCUCAGUUCCACUUGUUUUUGUUGGUGGCUAUGUUGGAUUCAGGAAACCUGCAAUUGAAAACCCUGUGAAAACAAACAAAAUCCCAAGGCAGAUCCCUGAACAAGCGUGGUACAUGAACCCGGCCUUCUCAGUUCUUAUAGGGGGAAUACUCCCAUUCGGUGCUGUUUUCAUUGAGCUGUUCUUCAUUCUCACCUCGAUCUGGUUGAAUCAGUUUUACUACAUAUUCGGCUUCCUCUUUUUGGUCUUUGUCAUCCUCGUUAUCACUUGCGCCGAAAUAACCGUUGUGCUUUGCUACUUCCAGUUGUGCAGUGAAGAUUACUUGUGGUGGUGGCGUUCUUACCUCACAUCUGGCUCUUCUGCACUAUACCUCUUUCUUUAUGCAACAUUCUACUUCUUCACCAAGCUUGAAAUCACGAAGUUGGUAUCUGCAAUAUUAUACUUCGGUUACAUGUUUAUAGCUUCGUAUGCCUUCUUUGUUGUAACCGGCACCAUUGGAUUUUACGCAUGCUUUUGGUUCACAAGGCUUAUUUACUCAUCAGUCAAAAUUGAUUAGUCACACUCAUGACAGCUAGUGGUCUGGGGUAGCCUAUGAUACUUCCUAAAGAAUGAGGAAAAUCCGUGAAAGGAUUUUGAAAUUCAGGUACUAUCAUGUUCAGAAUCAGAUGUAACCUAUUCUAUACAAUUUUGAAUUGUGACGACACCGUUAUUCUUUUGUUUCAACAUAUCUUAUACUUGCCCGAGUUAUCAAGUUCAGAUAAGGUACUCUGCGCUCUGGUUCCUGUGUUAUUUCUCAUAGAAUUACAAAUUGGCUACAUGUUAGAUGAUUUUUUAAGUCUUUUUGAAUUGAAAAGAAUAUUCAAUAUGUUGAGAACUUUUUUGUAAGAUGAUUUAAUAUUUUUAAAUACUGAACAAUGCAUGCACCUUUUGUUUAUUAGCAUUAGCAGUGUAAUAAAACAUGGAUUGGUAUUAUUAAAAUUUCAUAAUGGUGAGGGCUGUUGGCUCCACUAGGUAUCAAUA